AUUGUGGAUAUUUUCAAAUCGAAUCGUAUUCUGAGAUUUUCGCGCUUUGUUAUUCGAAGCUGUAUCUGACAAUUCGACAGCUGCGAGCUAUUUUACGUUUGCGAUAAACAUUAAGUUAUUUACGAGGUUAAGAGAUAAAGAUAGGAAUGUUACACAAUAUCAGAUGAAGCGAUAGGAAGAGAGAGACAGUUGAAGAGAUGUUUCAAACGACGGUCAUGAUGCACGCGAGUGUCUAGAUACGAUAUGUGUCAGGGCAUUGGCUUAACCCUGAACCAAGCUGCGACGACGUCAGACGCAAAACUUGGGAAAACUUCUCCACAUGGUUCAUUCGCUCGUCCAAACGGUCGCGAGAUUGUUGCACGGAAACGUUCCGAGAAAUUUACAGAAGAUGGGCCGGCUCGAAGAUGCGAAGAAGAUCGCGGCUUACAAAGCUGUGGACGAGUACGUGCAGGAUAACACCGUGCUCGGCAUCGGCAGCGGAUCCACCGUGAUUUAUGCCGUUCAUAGACUUGCUGAACGUGUCAGAAAUGAAGGGCUCAACGUUGUUUGCAUCCCCACAUCAUUUCAAGCUCGCCAGCUUAUAGUGGAUAAUCGUCUGACUUUAGGUGACUUGGAAAUUUAUCCAGAGUUGGACUGUGCGAUUGACGGAGCUGAUGAGGUUGACGCUGAGAUGAACCUCAUCAAAGGUGGCGGUGGAUGCUUGCUGCAAGAAAAAAUUGUUGCUUCCUGUGCUAGGCAGUUUGUUGUCAUAGCAGACUAUACAAAAAAUUCACGAAAGCUGGGCGACCAGUACAAAAAAGGGAUUCCAAUCGAAGUGGUUCCUAUAGCGUACACACCGAUCCAACGUAGGAUCGAGACCACGUACGGGGGAACUGCGAAGAUCAGGAUGGCUUUGGCAAAGGCUGGUCCGGUGGUGACAGAUAACGGCAAUUUUAUUUUGGACUGGGAUUUUCCGCAGGACGUAACCGACUGGUGCAAAGUGAACAAAGAAAUAUCUCUGGUACCUGGAGUCGUAGAAACAGGUCUCUUUAUAAACAUGGCCGAGAAAGCUUUCUUCGGCAUGGCGGAUGGUAGCGUGAAAGAACAAUGUUCGAAGAGCCAAAAGAGUUAACCUAUUAUGUUACGUUAUGUAUAUUAUAACAUUCCAUUAAUUUUUUUUUAUCUUGCACGGAUAACGAGUGUGUUCAGUAACUCUUAUAGAUUUUACCAUAAGACCAAAAGCUUUUGAUAAGCUCCCGUUGUAGAGAUUUUAAUUUUGUUGCAUACGUCGUUCUAUAUUCUAUAUAUUCUACUUUUCUAUACAUUGCUCCUUUUUAUAUACUUUUAUAUAUACUAUCUGUUACUUAUUUUUAAUAUGUAAUUAAUACAGCAUCCAUCCUACGCA